AGCAAAAUGACACCAACAGGCAAGUCGACAAAUUUUUAUUCACGUUGUCCCAAACAAAAUCCCCAUACAUUCUCUUAUAAAUGAAGUGAACUUGGGUUGCCUGGGCAGACUCGGGCAAUCCUCGGUCAAGACAUGUACGGUUGAUCUCAGUGUCAUGCAUGGAGUGUCAUGCAUGGAGUGUUAUGUUGGAACAAGCUCGUGUUGAAACAGGAAGAGGUCGAUCCGAUCAUCUUAAACAAAUAAAUAUAAAGCCUUGAUCACUUUCUAAGGAAAUAUUCAGUAUAUGAGAACUGAAUUCUUCUGACUGCAAGAUUGUCCCAGCAUGGAUGUAUCGGAUAUCCACCUUAAUGGGGAUACUAAUAACUGUGAUCGAAGAAAUACCUAUGAUGUCCAGUUAUGUGUUCUAGCUUCUAUCUGCAUGGUCAUAGGUUUUAUCAUGUGUUUCUUUGGAUACAAACUGUUCAAGUUCAUUUUGUUUUGUACUGGUUUCCUGAUUGGAUUUUUCAUUGCCUACACUCUAUGUGCCCUGUACAUCACAGAACUUUCUGGCACAAUGCGUGAUCACAAGGAGCAGGUUUUCCUGGGGAUAGCAGCUGCUACUGGUCUCAUCUUCGGAGUUAUUGCUCUGUGUGUUUUCUAUGUUGGUCUCUUUAUCCUUGGAGCAACCAUGGGUUGGUUUGUUGGUAUGGCUUUCUUACCAGUUCUACAUGAACAUUCAUCUUACUUGGCUGACAACAACUGGAUGCCGCUGGCUAUAUUGAUGGGAUGCGCRAUYRUCGGUGGUUUGUUAAUAAUCUGCAUGCAAAAGGUUAUAAUUAUUAUUGCCACAUCUUUCAUUGGUGCAGCGUGUUUGACCAAUGCUGUUGACUAUUACGUGGAGAAUAGYGUCACCCUUUAUUACUCUAUCAAGGUUUUGCAUGGACACAUCAAUUCUUCAAUGAUUCCAAAAUGCUGGUACACCUGGACAGUGUUUUCAUUUCUUCCAAUCCUGUUCGUGGCUGGUAUGGCCUUGCAGUUUGGUAAGACUUCAAAAGGUCAAGAUCACAAAAGAGCUUACAAUGGCCGUCCUAUACUAAUUUCGCCUCCUCUGAAUAUUGACGGCACAAUGAUGAGUGAAUUUGCAUCUGACAAUCAGCCUCUGAUAUAAAGGUCAUGUUAUUACUAUCAAACAUGCACUUGACCAAACCGAACAAGACUACAAGUCAGUGAUGAUGAUUGAUAAAAGGUUUAACAAGAUCAAUUUAAAUUCAUUAAUUCCAGUCACAACGCAUAUCUAUAAAUACUGAAAUUACUUCUAGCUUGUAGACUAGUUAUACAGACUAGAAUGGUUUUGAGUAGCAUAUGGCUCUCUUAUUGUUUCUGUAUACAAGGUGUAUACAAGAAAACAUGUUGCUGUUGCUUUUUAUUUUUAUAUGACAUUGUAUUGCAAUAUUAUAUCAGYUCACAUUGGAGCCUAAUGGGCCAACACCAUUUAGACAUGCACAAGAGAACCAACUAAAAAGUAGAAUGGUAACAAUGCAUCAAACUUUGGCUAGUGGAGCCAAUCAGAAACCUAGACUACAYGAGAAUUGUAAUUUGACCCUGAUGUUAUGUGUAAACAACUAGAUAGGCUGUUGUUUUYUGCUGCUUUCUGAUUGGCUCCACUAUCCAAAGUCGGAAUGUAUUGUUUUCAUUCUUCAAUUUGAUUGGUUCUUGCUGUCUAAGUGGCYCCAGUUAUUUAUAGUAGUCAAAACUGUAGACUGGGUAUAUUUGGMGUAAGUAUAAGAAUGAGACUAAGAUUAUUAAAAUAUUAGGGACCGGUCAUUAAUUA